CCGGUGGGUUCUAGUUCUUUUGGACUUUUGGUGGUUGGCUUCUACUUUAAGCUCAUUUCAAUAUUGGUUGGCUCUCUCUCUCUCUCCCACAGUCAAGAACAGGAGCAAGAGCAUGAGGACCCCCCACAAUGACUACAAUACAAUGAUAAUUCCAAAGCUUAAUUUGGAAUUUUAAUUAUUAUUCCUUUCUUCAACAUCAUCACCUUCUUCUUCUUCAUCAUCAUCAUUACUCUUAGACGAGACUGAUGACUUUGUGAUGGCUUUCCUGAUUCAUUUGGCGACGACUUGUGACCUAUUCAAGUCAUUCUUUCACCCUAUGAACUCAGAAUUUUAAGGAUCCCAAACAGAUCCAUUUUGGGUCCUCCGCCAUAGAUGCAGAAAUUGAAGAAUCUGAAUGAAUUGAACCCACUUCAGAAACCGACCCUUUCUUUUUUUUUUUGUUUGUUUCAAGAUUCAAUAAUUGGAGAAUCUGGAAAAAAAACCCAUUUAAUUUCCAGGUCAGAAUUCGUUGGAUUUGAUAUUGCUAGUUUGUAUAGAGGGUUUGAAUGUUUUCGUGUUCAUUAUGUUUUGAUGUUCGUCAGUUUUGGGAUUAUGUUGUAGUUUUAUAGAUUCAGAUUUGGUUUUUUUAAUGUUUUUAUGCAUAUAGAAACAGAGAUUUGUAACUCCACUUCCAUUUCCUGAUAAAUCCAUAUCAAGAAUUCAGUUUUAACUGCUAUGUUGUCCGAUCACUGUGGGCCGAGCUUGCUUAUAGCUCUUCCGGAGGAUGUUUUCGCCAUUGUCACCGAGUCCCUCUCUCCGAGAGACAUGUGUAAUCUAGGGUUGUGUUGCAAGAGCCUAUAUGCUCUUGCAGCCUCUGAUAAGAUGUGGCUCGCCCAAUGUGAAAUGAUGGAAGUUAUUCCGUCUCGAGACCUUGUUGAGUGGCGAAAAGGGGUUGCAUCUUACAAGGCUCUAUGUCAGUUCCUAGUCAGCGUUCAGCCAUUAAUUGGAAUUUGGGUUCACCAAAACCCUGAGCUUGGAAAUGUUGUUUAUGUCAUGCCUGGUUUUAUUUCGGUUGUUGGGUGUCGGAUCAUCCCACAAGAGCUCGGUCCGUUAGGUAUUGAAGAUGGUCCUAUUCUAUGGGCGCCGGUUUUUGAAAUUAUCGCUGAUUUUGAUGGUUCCACUGCAUUUUUUCUUCACGGGAGGGAGAAAGAUAAUGACUAUUUCUAUCCUGGUUCACUCAAGUCUGUUGAUAGGAAUUGCAAUGUGAUGUUGCUUGAGGUUGAGCCAAGGCAACAAAGAAAUGGUGGCAAGUUAGUUUAUAGUAAAAGCUUUGCUCAUCAUUUGGAUAAGGAGCCAUCAAGAAGGAUUUCUCGGGCAGAUAGUGGGAUUUCAAAAUCACAAAGAGUAUUUGGACAGAAUGCAUCGGUGGUUCCCUUCAGCCGAUUAGCAUUUGGUGAUAGAAGAAAGCUACUUGAGAUUGUUACUGGCCAAGUCCGUUUAAAGGUUCCUGAUUUGGAAAAUGGGCUAUUAUUUCCUCGUUUGAGGGGUGAUGAGGAGAAUGUUCAACAAGAUAUGGCGCUUUUAUAUGAGCGGAGAUCAUUGCUUAUUCAAAUGUAUAAGCUCGGCGGCGAUUACGGUAAUUGGAAGGGUGGUCCAGAUCAGGCUCCAGAUCCCACCCAGUUGGAAUUGAGUGAGAUCAGGAAGAGUCUUGAUCGUUCAAGUGGUUUCCGUAAUUCUCUCAAUGGCGAUGAUGGUCGCACACAAUGCGCCAGAAGGAAAAGUCUUGGUGGUUAUUUGAAGGAUAGCCUUAAACAUAUACUCGGGAAAUCAAAUUCGAGCCAUGAAAUUUGGAAAAAUGGUUGUUCAAGUAGUGACAAUAAGCAUGCCCAGCUUCAUGAGUUUUUGCGGUCAGGUGAAACAAUAGGGUUGACUUUAAAUGCCUCAUAUGUGAAAUUAUCUUCUUAUAGAGCAUGGCCAAAUAUGCACGAUAGUCGAUUUGCUCUUUACAAGUUGCCUGUGCAGCCCCCCAAGGCUGAGGACGAAUUUGCUGGUCUAUGGGGAGGGACUUUUGGAUGGCCUCCGGGGAGGCCUACUGAGGACAAACCUGGAAAGGCUCUGUUCUUUCUUUUGCUCUCUUACGAAGAAUCCCAAGGGCAACAAUAUCUGAUUGCAACUAAAAUAUUGGAAGGAACCCACUAUGUUCUGCAUCCAAAUGGGUCAGCAAUGUUUAUAGUGAAUAUUAAUGAGCCUUCGCUCGAGCCUUUCCCUUGGGCUACUAAUGGAGAUUCUCUUCCUGUUGAUGUUAAUCAUACAUUUGCUGGGGAAGGUAUUGCAAAUGGAUAUGGUUUUCGAUAUCCAGGCUCAAAGCCUGGUUCACUAUUUGUGAUUCAAGGUGGAUUGCUUGCCUUCAUAUGGAAGGAGUCCAGGGCUGUUUUGACCUUGCAGAGGCUUAAUUUGCCAGAGCUUUUGAAGAAGGGUGAACGGGUGCCUGCUCUACCUCCGAUUGCGAACUUUUCAUAUUUAACCAAGUCCUACUCGAAUGUGUUUGCUGGCAUCUCAAACCCAACCUGUACGUCUUCACCAAGGUAGAAUCAUUAGGAAGCUUCUUCUUUGCCGCCAUUGAUGGUUCGAUGGUGUCAGACUUCAUUAUCAUCGUAACUCUCAUUGAUGAUAUUCUUUUUGCUGCUGCAAAUGGUGACAGAAUUGUUUCUCACAGAUUUGGUAAAGUUUGUGUUAAUCUUCUACGUAUUUGAUAUGAUCAUAUGAGACACUUGUGGAACCUAGAUUAUUCAUAGGAAAAUAAGCAUUAGGUAUUAGCUGAGCUGAAAAAAAAAAAUAUAGUUUGAUUUUGAAUCUUGCUGUUAGGAGAAAAACAUAAUAGCGUGAUUUUAAUAAAAUUUCUCCACGCAUUUGGAUA